CAAAUAAUCUCAUUUUUGGCAAUUUCCCAAAGUCUUUCUGGACUUGUUAGUUUAAGCUUUAUUUCAAUUUUUGACCCUUCAUCAUCGUCGUCUUCCUUCCUCCUCUAGUAUUCUUUAAUGGAGUUCUAAGUAGUUGCAUAUGGUAGGUGAACAAUUAUUUUCAUGUGGGGUUUGAAUUGAAUGGUGGAAUUUUUCAAAUUUCGUCUCUUCUUCUUCCCCGUGACUAUCCUCUUCGGAGACUAAACCCACCAUUUUUGUUCUCUUCAUGGAGUUCUUCACAAGCUUUUACUUCUUUCUCUCUCUUCUUUUCUUCUCCCUCAAAGUCUUUUCUCAGUCAUAUACUCCUCCGGAUAAGUAUUUUGUCAACUGUGGAUCAGCUACCAACGCCGUUGACGACACUGGCCGGAUUUUCAUAGGCGACUUGAAUGCUACUGAUACUUUCAGGUUCACUUCAGAGAAUACUAAGGAACUCAGUCAUUUGAAUGACUCCGUGAGGGUUUUUAAUGAGCCGGCGUUUUACGAAUUUGAUAUUGAAGAAGAUGCUUUUUAUAUUGUACGACUUCAUUUCACUCCUUCUAAUUUCACGGCCGAUUUAUCUUCUGCUCUUUUCGAUGUUUCGGCUUCUGGGUUUGUCCUUCUCAAAGAUGUUAAUGCCACCGAAGCUGCUUCGGUUAAGGAAUUCUUCCUGAGUUUGAAAACUGGAAAAUUUCGUAUAGUGUUUGUACCUAAAUCUUCGUCUAUUGCGUUUGUAAAUGCCAUUGAAGUUUUCCCCACUCCACCAAACUUCCUCAUGUCUGAAUCUAAGACAAUCAUCUCAGAGUCAGAUGGAAGAAAUGAAGGUGCGAUUAACUUACCUUUUAUGAUUACAAAAACAAUUUACAGAAUUAAUGUGGGAGGUCCUGGAAUUCCUCCCAAAGGGGAUAAACUAUGGAGGAAAUGGGAACAGGAUGAUGAUGUUUAUCUGUUGAAUCCAAGAUCUGCAAUGAACAGCAGUCGAAGAACAUCGAGACCGAAUUACAAGAAUGAGACGGACGAUUAUUUCGCGCCAGAUUUGGUAUAUCAAACAGCCAAGGAGUUGAAUACAGACUCCUCUUUCAAUUUCGUCAAUAUAACAUGGUCUUUUCCUUUGAGAAAAAAGACUCUCCAUCUUGUUCGAGUUCAUUUCUAUGAUAUCGUUGCUAUAGCAUCUAAUGGUUUUCUCAUCUUCGCUUUGUAUAUUGGCAAUAACUUCAGUUACCGGAUUGACUCUCCUGCUUUCGGAAAUGGAGCCCCUUAUCCAAUUCAUCAUGAUUUCCCUGUGGAUUCAGGUGAAAAUGGGUCAAUUCAUGUUAGUGUUGGUCGUUUAAAUUCUAGCGAAUCUGGACAACUCACUGCUUUUCUUAAUGGGAUUGAGAUUAUGGAAGUUAUGAAUGAAGGUAGCAAAGAUCCUUUUAUCAGGGAGUUUUUUGGAGAUAAAAAGAAGAAGAGCGGUGUUGGUCUUUUGGUGGGAUUAUCUGUUGGGGGUUUUUGUUUGCUUUGCAUUUUAGGAUGUGGAAUUUGGUUUGGUUUGAAAUGCAGGAAAAGAAGAAGUGAUGAACCUUCACAUACACAUACACAUACACAAUGGACACCAUUGUCUAGGUUUGGAGGUGGGAGUACUCAAAGCAGGUUUCAUGAAAGAACUACAAGCAGUUCCCCCAUCCCAGAUUUGAAUCUUGGGUUGAAAUUUUCACUUGCUGAAAUCAAAACUGCCACAAACAAUUUCAACAAGAAAUUCCUUGUUGGUGAAGGCGGUUUUGGGAAAGUGUACAAAGGAGUGAUGAAGAACGGCAUGAAAGUCGCUGUGAAGCGAAGCCAACCAGGGGCAGGACAAGGCAUUUCUGAAUUUGAAAGAGAAAUCACAAUCUUGUCGAGAAUUCGCCAUCGACACCUUGUUUCGUUCAUUGGGUAUUGUGAUGAAGGAUUGGAAAUGAUUUUGGUUUAUGAGUUUUUGGAGAAAGGAACUUUAAGAGAACAUCUUUACAGCUCAAACUUAGCUCCUCUACCUUGGAAGAAAAGACUUGACAUCUGCAUUGGUGCAGCCAGAGGAUUGCAUUACUUACACAAAGGCUCAGCUGGGGGAAUCAUUCACCGUGAUGUCAAAUCCACCAAUAUCUUGCUUGAUGAGAACCUUGUUGCAAAAGUCUCCGACUUCGGACUUUCAAGAGCAGGCCCUCUUGACGAAACGCAUGUCAGCACCGAUAUCAAAGGUACGUUCGGCUAUCUCGAUCCCGAGUAUUUCCGAACACAACAAUUGACAGAGAAAUCCGACGUCUACUCGUUUGGAGUACUCCUUCUAGAGAUUCUAUGUGCAAGACCAGCUUUGAAUCCAACGCUACCAAGAGAGCAAAUAAAUCUAGCAGAGUGGGGAUUGAGAUGCAAGAAAAUGGAUUUACUUGAAGAGAUCAUCGAUCCCAAAUUGGAAGGUCAAAUCGAUCCAAACUCUUUGAGAAAGUACAGUGAUACAAUAGAAAAAUGCUUGCAAGAUGAUGCUACUCAUAGGCCAACAAUGGCAGAUGUGUUAUGGGAUUUGGAAUAUGCAUUGCAACUCCAACAAAGUACACAUCCUAGAAUGCCACAUGAAGAUAGUGAAACAAAUGUCAAUGAUGCUUCUUCCACAGUCAUUAGACGUUUUCCUUCUAUUGGUUCUUCAAUUCUAAGGGAUGAUCCAGAUAUGAGCCAAGAUGUAGACACUCAUUUAACAGCUAAUGAAAUUUUCUCUCAAAUCAGGGCAGAUCAUGGCAGAUAGAUGUUAUAUACGUUUGUGAGUUAGUUGAAAUCUGUUUUAAACUAUUCUGUUAUAUAUCAAAUUGUAUGUACAUCGAAAUUUCAAUUUAUAGGGAGAAAGAUCCAAGCUAAACUCAUUUUGUUAAGUUGUAUAGAUUGUAUUAUAUCUAUUGAAUUUCUCUCUUAUAUACAUGGGUUAAAAUAUUAGUUGUUUCAAA